AUGGGCCGCUUGUUCAAGCCGCUCCUCUUUGCAGCUCUCUCAGCAGCAGUGAUGGCAACCCAAGAUUACGAGCCUCUACCGGACUACAUGGUCCUCAGGGAGUACUCCAUCACCGAGCAGGGACAGAUGGUCCCUGUUGCCUGCCCUACCUGCGCCCGCUGCCUUACGGCCGGCCACGGGUGUUUCCGGUGCUGUGUCCAGGACAGUUGCUGGUGCACCUGCGACGGAGGCGGAAAAUGCUACGCCGAGGUAGCUGCCUGA